AUGGGUCUCGGAAACCUAUUGGGCCGGAAGAAGGCCGGUGAUGAAUCUCAGUAUUCCUCCCAGGCUGCGACUCCUGCUCGCGCAGAUUCUACCGUGGAGAAGAACGAUGGCCUCAUUGAUGACAGCCCUGUCAAGUACCUGACAUGGCGCUCCUUCAUCCUUGGUCUGUGUGUCUCCAUGGGUGGUUUCAUUUUCGGUUACUCUACCGGUCAAAUCUCGGGUUUCACCACCAUGGUUGACUUCAAGAGACGUUUUGCCGAGUACAACGCUGCCACCGGUGAAUAUGCCUUCAGCAACGUCCGGAACGGUCUCAUUGUCGGUCUGCUCUCCAUCGGUACCAUGAUUGGCGCCCUGGUGGCCGCUCCCAUCGCUGACCGUAUCGGCCGUAAACUCUCCAUCUCCUUCUGGGCCCUCAUCAACAUGGUCGGCAUCAUUGUGCAGAUCGCUACCACCGAUAAGUGGUACCAGAUCGCCAUGGGCCGUUGGGUCAUGGGUCUUGGUGUCGGUGCUCUGUCCAGCGUUGUCCCCAUGUACCAGUCCGAGUCUGCUCCCCGCCAGGUCCGUGGUGCCAUGGUCAGCGCCUUCCAGCUGUUUGUUGCCUUCGGUAUCUUCAUCUCCUACAUCAUCAACUUCGGCACUGAGCGCAUCGAUUCCACUGCUUCAUGGCGCAUCACCAUGGGUAUUGGCUUUGCUUGGCCUCUGAUCCUGGGUAUUGGGACUCUUUUCCUUCCCGAGUCACCUCGUUAUGCCUACCGUCACGGUCGUGUCGAGGAAGCUCGCCAGGUCAUGGCUAAGCUCUACGGUGUCCCCACCAACCACCGCGUUGUCGCUCAGGAGAUGACUGAUAUGAAGAACAAGCUUGAGGAGGAGCUCCACGCCGGCAAGGCUGCUUGGCACGAGGUCUUCACUGGUCCUCGCAUGCUGUACCGGACCAUUCUCGGUGUGGGUCUUCAGUCCCUGCAGCAGCUGACCGGUGCCAACUUCAUCUUCUACUAUGGUACCUCGAUCUUCCAGGGUGUUGGCCUGAGCAACUCCUACGUGACUCAGAUCAUCCUUGGUGCCGUCAACUUUGGUAUGACCAUGCCCGGUCUGUACAUUGUCGAGCACUACGGCCGCCGUAAGUGUCUGAUGGCCGGCGCCGCUUGGAUGUUCAUCUGCUUCCUGAUCUGGGCUUCCGUGGGCCACUCUGUCCUGCACGUCGAUCCCUCUUCUCACCCCGCCGGUGUGGCCAUGAUCGUGUUCACCUGCUUCUUCAUUGUCGGCUUCGCCACCACCUGGGGUCCCAUUGUCUGGGCUAUCUGCGGUGAAAUGUAUCCCUUCCGGUACCGCGCUACCUGCAUGGGUAUUGCGACUGCUGCCAACUGGACCUGGAACUUCCUCAUCUCCUUCUUCACCCCCUUCAUCUCCAGCGCCAUUGACUUCCGUUACGGUUACGUCUUUGCCGCCUGCUGUUUUGCCGCCAUCUGGGUUGUCUUCUUCUUUGUCUAUGCACGCCCCCCAUCUGAGCGUCAGGCCAAGGAGGGUGCCGAGGAGCAUCAACACCACGAUGAGCCUACUGAGAUUCGCGAGUAA